AUGAACGUCAGAAGUUUUUUCUGGACUGAUUCUACAAUCGUCAAAUGUUGGCUAGCAUCAGUUCCGUCGCGAUGGCAAGCAUUCGUGGCGAAUAGAGUCUCCGAAAUCCAACAUCUGACCAAGAAAGGAGUAUGGAAUCACAUUCCGGGUACGGAAAAUCCUGCAGAUAUAAUAUCCCGAGGAAUGACACCUGUCCAACUGCAAUACCAAAUGUUGUGGUUUGAAGGCCCCAUUUGGUUGAAGCAAAAUCGAUGCACCUGGCCAGUUGAGACAGAGUUUUCGCCCGAUCAAUUUGACAAAGAAACGUUGGAGGAAAAAUCGUCUGUGGUGUUGCCCAUUGAAGUUACUGCUCCGAACGAAAUAUUUUCUCGACUUUCCACCUUUACGCAAACGGUCCGUUUGGUAGCAUGGAUGCGACAAUAUUGUCACAAUGCUAAAAAGCAGAAUACGAGAAAAAUCGGUAAUAUUUCCUUUGAAGAAUUCCUGGCGGCUUCAAAAGUUUUGGUCAAAUUGUCUCAAGCUGAAAGUUUUGGCCAAGAACUCAAGGAUCUGUCUCAUUCCCAAGAAGUGAGAAGCACCUCCAGAAUUGCCAAUUUGAACCCUCAUUUAGUCGAUGGAAUAAUACGUGUCGGCGGCCGGUUAGCUAACGCACCAGUUUCUGAAAAUCACAAGCAUCCCAUCAUCCUCGAUCACCAUCAUCCCCUUUCGAUCAUGAUCGUCCAGCACUACCACGAGUUCCUGUAUCACGCUGGGCAACAACUCCUGAUUGCCAGUGUCCGCGGGAAUUGCGUUCAAUGCUUCCGCGUCAAGCCUAAGGUGAUGGAACAACUGAUGGCAGAUUUGCCACCCGAUCGAGUGAACCCUGCACCUCCGUUUCAGAAAGUGGGCGUAGACUACUGCGGCCCUUUGUUGAUAACCUAUCCUCAUCGUCGAAGUUCCCCCAUGAAAUGCUUUGUGUCGGUUUUUGUGUGCCUCGUUUGCAAAGCAGUCCAUCUGGAGCUGGUCGCAGAUCUCACCACAGGAGCGUUUCUUGGAGCCUUGAAAAGGUUCAUUGGUCGACGUGGUAAACCAAUCCUGAUUAUGAUCGACAACGGAAGGAACUUUGUCGGGGCCAGACGUGAAAUAGCAGAACUUCAACGACUACUCCGAAGCCAACAAUUUCAAACCGGAGUGAUAUUCGAAACCUGCAAGGAAGGGAUCAACUUCAAAUUCAUUCCCGCUCGAUCUCCCAACUUUGGUGGGCUCUGGGAGGCCGCGGUGAAAUCUUUCAAGACUGUUUUUAAACGAACUGUUGCCUUGAAAGUGCUCUAG